UGUGGCUGAAGUGAAACAGCGGCAACGGUUUGGGCAAGCAAAAUGGGGGAGUGGCAGAGGAGCUUUGUGGGAAACCUGACGGUCCCUCCACAUAACCAGAGGCGUCGCCACCCACCACCAGGGGAAUCAAAGGCAUUCCAGUGCGUCCUGAAGCAGGUGGAGGGAAACAUAAUGAAACAGAGAGCAGAUGAUGCGUCAGAUGUCGAAUUCCAGCUGCGCCUUUCCCUGUUUGAUGUCACUUACCACCAUUUUUUUGGAAAGACCUGGAGGAGUGCUACAAGGCCCCUUAAAGCUGCACCAGGACAGCCGCCCAUGGUGGUCUUCAACGAGACUGUCUAUUUCCACACAUCUUUGGAUCAUCCCAGCAUCAUCCUCGUCAUAGAAGUUGUGGCUUCCGUCAGGAGACAGGACGGGACCCACCAGGAUCUGUCGUGUGGCUUUGGAAUCCUGCGUUUAUUUAACAGCAAGUCUGAGCCGACAAAUCUGGGCUUGAAGGAAAAAGGGCUCAGUCUGUAUCACGGGACUCCCCGAGCCCUGUUGCACCCGCUUUUCCAGGAGCCAGUAGAGAAGAACAUGUACCUGACUGUGAUGGACAGCAGCCGCCUUCAGUGUGCCUUGCAGCCACACCCACUCCUGGAAACCAUCUAUCACCUCCUUCCGGAGAACACCCUUGUGUCCAGCCUGCAGAGAGUCCCCGGAGUGUUGACAGUUCAGGAAGAUGACUUCCUCCAGAAACCACGGCUCAUGAAGACAGUCACUUGGUACUUGGAGAAGCUAUCCAUCCGCCUGUACCCAUCGUUAGAGAAAUUUGAGGAGGAACUGCUGGAUUUACUCAUGAGUGAUCAGAGUAACUUGAUGGUGAAUGGGAACACGCUUGCUGUGCAGGAGCGGCGGCUGCACAUUGGGGUGCACAACGGCUUUUGCUUCGUGCAGCCCCCACAGGUUGUGGUAGUGGUACCAGAGACUGAGGUGGCCCGGGGAUGUUUUGGAAGCUUGCACAGGAAACCAGGUGCCAGUACCAAAACCAGUUCGGAGGGGCAAGAUCUCGUCCUGCGAAGUCGCAUCCAUUUGACAGAGAUGGUCCAUCACCCGGCAUUUGGAGUCGUCUUCCAGCUGGAGUACGUCUUCUCUGCAGCGAGCAGAGCGGAUGGGAAGGCAUCCUCUGCGACUUCUCUGACCACACCGUCUUACAUGCAUUCCAUUCGCUGGGCAGUUUGGAACCCCUCGCCGGAUGUGAGCUCCUCCAAAGUGAUCUUACCUCUGCAAGGAGGAGCCCAGCAUAAUCCAAGCCACGUUUUGGUCUACAAGACGCCACCAGCUUCCAUGAGCUCUGAAGAGGUGAAGCAAGUUGAGUCUGGAACUAUUCAGUUCCACUUUUCCACGGGCGCCAACGAAGAACUCAGGACUGCUACAAAACCCUCAAGCAACGUGAAGGCAGAGCCACCUCUCUCCAAGAAUCCCCCAUCGUCAUCCCCCAGGGCUCCACUUUCUCCUCAGACGUUAGCAUCCACUCAAGAUUAUUCCCAAGGUCCUGGGCUGUCAAUCUCCCAGCUCUCAGUGUCUCCAGAGAACCGUGUUUCCAAACCUCCGCUGCCGCCCUCUAACAGAGCUGUGCUCUCCCAUUUCUCUGAGGCUCAGGAACGAGCACACGAGCGCAGCCCACUGGGAGGCAUCAGCCAUUUGGAGUAUGACCUUAGCUACAGCUCACCGGUUCAAGAAGCCUCAUCCAACGACCAGCUCCAGGAGUUGCCAUUCACACCGAUUCACAUGCCCAUUAUGGCUCUUGGGGCACACUCAAGAAGCUCUAGCAUGACCCUUACACGGGCUUCUCUUGCCCGCCUGCGUGCCUCUGGAUUUCCCGAGAUCCUGGACUGCAACAAGGAGCCUGCCCAAGUUGUGGAUCCUGUGGACCCCGUGGACUUCAACCCACAGCGGGAAGAAGCUGACUUCUUGCAAAGCAAUGAAAUCGUCCUUCAGUUCCUCGCAUUUACAAGGACCACUCAAGACAGGACAACCUCAGUGACGUGGUCAAAAACCAUCUAUUUCACCUUCCAGUUUUACCGGUUCCCUCCAGUUACAACGCCACGACUGCAGCUGCUCAAGGCAGAUGCCUCUGGGACUGUUCCGUCAGGUGCCUCAUCUCAUAUCUUGGUGCAAAUUAACCAAGAUGGGACCCCGAACCUUGGUUCCCCGGGGUUGCAGGUGAAGUACAUGGUGGAUCCUAGUUCUCUCAAGCCAGGGGAGCAACGGUGGUUCAUUCGUUACCUCGCAGAGCAUUCCCUGCAGAUUGAUGCCUGGGACGGGGAUUCCUUGCUUCUUGUUGGAUCGGCUGCCGUGAAGCUGAAGCACUUGCUCCGCCAGGGCCGGACGGCAGUUCAAGUACACCAUGACCUGGAAGUCGUCAUUAUGGAAUACAAGCAAGAUGCUCCCGUGAUGAGCAGGGAGCUUCUCAGGCCUGGAGGUGUGAAACCUAUUGGAGUCCAUGCUGUCGUGAGAGGCCAGCUCCAUCUGAGCCUGGCUAAUGUCGGGCACCUCUGCGAGCAGAGGCUGAGGAAAUCAAGCGUCUUGCCUCCUUCCCGUUCCCGGAUCGUGUCUUCACAUGAUGGAACCAGUGGCUUCCACGGGGGCAGCUUGCUCUCUAUCAACAGUCACAGCACCGGAAAUGUGUGCCAGGCACAGAAGCUGGCCGACGUGGACAGCGAACUGGCGGCCAUGCUGUUCUCCCGCUUGCGCGAAGUCAGCACGGCCUUCCAGCACGCCCACCGUGAGGCCAGCGUCACCCGGAGGAGGAAGCUCGAGCGGAUGCUGUCCGUGCGGAGGCGGGAAUCUCAAGAAGGAGACUGCAGGAAGAAAGCCAGCUUCACUAUGGGACGGCAUGAGGACCGCAUUCAGCAUUCGCGGGACCUCCAGAUCAUCGAGGCCUACCGGGAGCGCAUCAAGGCAGAGAGCAUUGGCAGCAUGCUGAGCCAAGCUAUCACCACCCAUCACACCCUCUACGCCAUGUUUGGCACCACAGAGUUUUUCGAGUUUGCCCUGAAGAACCCAUACAGUGUCCAGCACACAGUCACGAUCGAGGCUGACAACCCAGAACUCAGUGUCAUAGUGGAUUCCAGAGAAUGGAAGCAUUUUAAGGAACUAACCAAAACUGUCACCCCGCUGGAGGAGGAGAUGUUUCAUCUCCACGAGAACCUCACGCCUCAGGUCUACCUGCGUCCCAAGGAGACGGUGUACAUCCCCUUUAAAUACCAAGCCUUUACCGUGGAGCACGGAGCCAUGAAGCAGCAAGGUCCCACUGAGCUGACAUUCAGCGAAGGCAAGAAGGAAGCCGCAGCCCCCUGGAAGUCCGGUGGCAUGCAGACAAAACACAUCAAGGUCUCCUUCACAGCAUGUGGCAGCAGCAAGCCCAUUGCCAUCCUCAGUGUGAACGUGGAAUUCCAGCCCCACGUGGUGGACCAGACCUUCCGCUUCUACCACCCAGAGCUCACGUUCCUGAAAAAGUCCAUCCGCUUGCCUCCCUGGCACACAUUUCCAGGAUCUCAGAACCCAGCUACAUGUUAUGCUUUCCCCAAGGGCAUCUGCGAGGUCCAGUUGACAAAUGAGGCCUUGGAGAUCCACCUUUGGGGGCCCAGUUGCGUGGGGGCCCAGUUUAGAGCCAUGGUGGACCCAGAAGGCAUCUUCAUCCUCCCUGCAAAUGGGGUGCAGGACCUGCACAUUGGCCUCAGGCCCCAGAGGCCCGGCAGCCAGUUUAUCUACCUCAACCUGGUGGACGUGGAGUACCAUCAACUCGUCUCGUCCUGGCUGGUGUGCGUCUCUUGCCGGCAGCCUCUCAUCUCCAAGGCUUUUGAAAUCGUGCUCCCCCCCGGUGGAGGCAAAAGUUCGAACAAGAGGAUCACGUAUACCAACCCGUACCCAACCCGGAGAAUGUAUUUUCUGCACACCAACCGGCCAGACCUGUUGCAGUUCAAAGAAGAUUCCUUUGAGAUUGGCAGAGGGGAGACCUACACCAUCGGCCUACGCUUUGCCCCCAGCCAGAGCGCUGGUGAGGAGGAAAUUCUGAUUUAUAUCAAUGACCAGGAGGACAUGAACGAAGAGACCUUCUGCGUGAAGGUCACUUAUCAGUAACAGUGUGGGUGUGUCUGCAGCCUUGGCUUGGUUGCUCUUCUGCUCUCCGGUGAUCCAUCAAACGUCCCUAGAGGCUCAGCACAGUUCCUUUUACUGUUCCCGGCUGCCAAUAGGCCGUGUGCCCCUGAAGCGUCCCCUGUUCAGAAGUCGGCAGAGAGCAAACGAGAGAGGCCACCUCCUCCUCCUCCUCCCCCUCCCCCUAGGCACCGGAGGGGCACGUGGCCCACUCCUUGCUAGUCCUUUGCUCGAGUCCAAUCAAGCCCCUGCCAAGCCCCUCUGAUUGAUUGCCCAGACGGAUUCCUCGAACGUCAGCACGACCUCCAACGGUGCAGCGGAGUCCUAUCUGUUCUCUCCCUAGCUCUGGAUCGAAAAUUCAUUUCUCUCGCUAUGAAAUGUCACUCGUUCAGGGAAGGGUGCUGUGGGCUUUCAGACCUUUAACACAAUUCAAGCUGCUUUGCAGAUUUGGAGGGUUUUUGUAGCAUUGUUUUGGGGUUUUCCCCUCCGCUUCCUCGCAGGUUUGUUCUUUUUUAAAAGGAAAAUAAAAGAAGAGCUGC